AUGACCACCGUUGUGCCUGGCCAGUAUCUCGAGCCAGAAUACAAACCAAACGACAAUGGCGGCACAGAGGAAUUGUGCCGCUAUUUCCCAGGAAAAGGCGCCGCCAUUUCGUCCGUCAAAGUCGGCGCACACACUCUUCCAGUGGUGGUAGCAACCCUACUAGGCAGAAAAGUGGUGCAAGAACUCAAAGAUCCUGCCGAAGACGACGCAGAGGAGGAUGCAGACGACAAGAACAACCCCGCAAAGCCAAAGUUCCGCAAGUUUUUGGUGUCUGUUGUCGCCGGAAAGCAGAGCCAGUAUAGCGAAUACGCAGACCAAAUCGAAGCCAGCGCCGUUGCUUCCGUGCGCGCGGCCGCCACAAACUUGCCUCGAGAAGGCGACAUUGUGUUGGCCCGCGUGACCAGGCUCCAGCUGAAGCAGGCUCACUGUGAGAUCUUGUGCGUGUAUGGCCAUGGAAACGUGUCCUCGGAUGGCGGUGUCGGGUCCAUCGGCACAAAUGCGCAUAUGUCGUUGCCUAUGGGCGGCGGGUCGCAGAUCUUGUCUUCAUACGCCGCCGUUGCGUCCAGCCAGAAUGCGAUGCCGGGCGCUCAGCCAAUGGACAUCGGGGAGGCGUACAGAGCACUCAUAAGAACACAGGAUAUCAGAUCUACAGAGCGCGACAAGGUGAAGAUCAUCGACUGUUUCAGACCGGGCGAUUUGGUCAAGGCCGUUGUGCUCUCGUUGGGUGACGGCUCGAACUACUACUUGACCACUGCUAGAAAUGACUUGGGGGUUGUGUUCGCCAAAAGCGAGGGCGGUGCGGGCGACCUGAUGGUUGCCAUUGAUUGGGAGACCAUGGUCUGCGAAAAGACGGGUGUGGUUGAGAAGAGAAAGUGUGCCAAUCUCUUUUCCAGCGCCGAGGCCGCUGGCGAAGAAUCGUCCUCCAACACUGCUUAG